AUGAAGGUCCUCAUUCCCCUGUCUUUCCUUAUUGCAGGCGCCUUUGCGCAGGAUGGUUGCGGCUUUCCCGAUGGACCCGACUGUGUAUCCCUGGGCGAGGGUGCGAAUGGACUAGAGCAGUUUGCUGAUGACGGCUGUUGUCUACUCCCCUUCCGAUGCGGCAAUGGCGAUGGCGGUGAGAGGUGUGAGAGGGUUGCUGUUGCUGGGAACAACAACAAUAACAACGCUGGCAAUAACGACAAUAACGCUGGUAACGGUAACAACAACAACAACAAUGCUGGCAGCAACAAUGCGGGCAACAACAACGCCGGGAACAACAAUAACGCCGGCAACGGUAAUGCUGGCAAUGGAGACAAUGCUGGUAAUGCUGCUGACGACGAAAACUGUGGCUUCCCCAACGGCCCCGACUGCGAAUCCCUCGGCGAAGGCGCCAACGGCCUGGAACAGUUCGCCGACGACGGCUGCUGUCUUCUCCCCUUCCGGUGUGGAAACGGUGACGGCGGCGAGCGAUGCGAACGUGUGGCCGUGGCUUCCAACAACAAGGUCCGCUCCCUUCGUGUUCUUCGUACUCGCAGCCGCGGAUCUAAGAAGCCCCUUCUUGCACGAGAUGGCAAACGGAGGAUGCAUCUCCGUCCUCGCUUCCACGGACCCAGGGACUCUUAA